GCAAAAAAGGGUGGGUUUGUAAAGUACACACGUCCAUCUCCAAAAGCAACACGACACCGUUCUGUGAUUCUACGCAUCAUAUAAAUACAUGCAUUUUUCGCAGCGGCAGUAUUCCUCAAACCGACUCCCAACGCCAAAUUCAACGUCUUUCUCUCUCCUCUCCAUCUCAGAUCUCUUCUUUCUAUACUUGCACGAAACCUGCAUUUGACUAUUCAUUGCCGUUGCAAAACCCUAGCCCCCAAAUUGAAAAGAAACCCUCAAGAUUCACCGGAAGGGCGCCGAAUUUCCCGCUCCACACGUUCGGAACUGGAUUCUCCCCCCAUCAAAAGCUCGAAACUUUAAUUGGAGGAGUAAUGGUUGAGAUUUGUAAUGGAAGGCAGUAGGGUAAUUGUCAACAAUGCCGAUGGUGGCAGGGAAAACUGCAGCUCCGGAGACGGGCGGCCGCCGAUUCCCAACCCUCUAGGCGCCCGAGGCGCCUACCGACACUGCCUCGACUCCGCCGGCACGCCGCCUUUGUCCGCUAAGUCCCUCGUUCGCCAUCCUUCUUUGGUGAGGAGCAGGGCACCAGAUAUUUCGAUUGAACCUAGGUUUAGCGGAGGCGAUAGUGAUGCUGAAUAUGUGCCGCUUCUCCGGUCUGGAGCAUGGGCGGAUGCUGGCUCUCGCUCGAGCAUGGAAGAUGUAUAUGUUUGUGCAGACAACAUGAUGAAUGACUAUGGUUUAAAUGGCUCUAGUGACAUGCCUAGUGCCUUCUAUGGGGUUUUUGAUGGACAUGGAGGGAAACAUGCCGCCGACUUUGCGUGCUAUAAUUUGCCGAGAUUCAUUGUUGAGGAUGGAGAUUUUCCGCAGGAGAUUGAGAGAGUGCUGGCAUCGGCAUUUAAACAGACGGAUGCUGCUUUUGCAGAAGCUUGCUCUACGGAUGCAGAUCUUGCUUCGGGCACCACUGCUUUGGCAGCUCUGGUAAUUGGGAGCUCGCUGGUGGUGGCCAAUGCUGGAGACUGCAGAGCAGUGCUGUGUCGGAGGGGUAAAGCCAUUGAGAUGUCGAGAGAUCAUAAACCCGUUUGCUUGAGGGAGAGGCGUCGUAUAGAAGCCUCGGGAGGUUAUGUAUACGACGGGUAUCUCAACGGGCAGCUGAACGUUGCUCGUGCAUUGGGCGACUGGCACAUGGAAGGGCUGAAAGGUGGUGAUGGCGGACCGCUUACAUCGGAGCCUGAGCUCAUGACCACAAGGCUCACGGAGGAAGACGAGUUUCUCAUCAUAGGGUGUGACGGCCUGUGGGACGUGUUCCUGAGCCAGAACGCGGUGGAUUUUGCCCGUAGGAGACUCCAGGAACACAAUGACCCAUUGAUGUGCAGCAAGGAUCUGGUCGACGAGGCUUUGAAGCGAAGGAGCGGAGAUAAUUUAUCCGUGGUCGUGGUCUGUUUCCAGCCGGAGCCACCGCCCAAUUUGGUCGUCCCUCGCGGAAGAGUGCAUCGGAGCAUCUCCGCCGAAGGUUUGAAGGAGCUGCAGAGCUUCUUGGAUGACUUAGAUAUUUGAGAUUUUUGAUGGCAUCUUCCUCACUUCAUCUUUUUCUUUAUUACCACCAUUCUUGCUUGUUGUUGAGAGGGGAUGUAAUUUCAACUGUAACAUAUGCGGCUACUGACAUCAAUCUUUUCUUUUUUCCACUUUCCUUUUCCUUGUUUUCUAUCUCAUUAUGUAAUGGUUAUAAUACUAAAUUAAACUAGGACCAACAUUUAUUAAUCCAUUUGAGGUUUUGGUGAAUGUAUUUCUCUUCUCUUGCA